AUGAUGCUCGGAUCGCCGCUGCAUCCAGCUUUCUCCAAAGCCGCCACUCCUCCCAGGCCGUGUUUUCUCACUGGACUUAGGGUUGCACUCUUUUCAAAGUCCCAUCAUUCCUCCCUACGGCUCCUAUCCCAAAAGCACUGCCAGUGCCGCCGCCCGUGCCUUCUCUCCUCCCGCUUUUCGCCUCCCAAUCCUGCUCUCCCUGCUCCUCCCAAUCCUGCUCUCCCUGCUCCUCCCAAUCCUGCUCUCCCUGCUCCUCCCAAUCCUGCUCUCCCUGCUCCUCCCAAUCCUGCUCUCCCUGCUCCUCCCAAUCCUGCUCUCCCUGCUCCUCCCAAUCCUGCUCUCCCUGCUCCUCCCAAUCCUGCUCUCCCUGCUCCUCCCAAUCCUGCUCUCCCUGCUCCUCCCAAUCCUGCUCUCCCUGCUCCUCCUAUUCCUACUCCCCACCUCUCGGCCAAUCCACCUCCUUCUCCUCCCUCCACUUCUGUUCCUCGCAGCGGCGGUGCUGGCGGAGUGUCAGAGGCAGUGGCAGGCGCAGCUGCGCGGAUGGAGCAAAGGGGGGGACUGCGCGCAGGUGGAGGGCGUGCGCUGCAAUGCCGCUGGCUUCGUCGUCUCCCUGAAUGUGACUGGCAAGCAGUUGGAGGGACCCAUUCCAGAUGCCAUCGGUAA